GUAUGAGUUCAAAGCGAAGAACAUCAAAAAGAAGAAAGUGAGCCUCUUGGUGUCUGUGGAUGGAGUGAAAGUGGUCCUAAAGAAGAAAAACAAGAAGAAAGAGUGGGCCUGGGAUGAGACAAAGAUGCUGAUUAUGCAAGAUCCAAUCUACAGAAUAUUCUAUGUGUCUCACGACUCCCAGGAUCUCAAGAUCUUCAGCUACAUUGCUAGAGAUGGGUCCAGCAACAUUUUUCGCUGCAAUGUCUUUAAAUCCAAGAAAAAGAGCCAUGCCAUGCGGGUAGUGCGGACUGUGGGACAAGCCUUCGAAGUGUGUCACAAGCUGAGUUUGCAGCACACAGAGCAGGCUGGGGAUGGACGAGAGGAUAUUGAUAGCGAGAAGAGCACUGAUGACUCUGGGAUUCCAGUGACACAAAUAGUUGCCAGUAUAGAUCACAAUGCUGAUGAGACUGACAUUGAUGCUCUGGACAGUCCUUUGCCUGGAGGACAGGCUCCAAAAUUCAACCGCGGAGUGACUGAUCUGGACGCUGUAAAUGGAGAGAGUGAUCGUACUGAGGAAAAAGAAGGAACAGGAUCAGAUGAUUACUGCUUCACCUAAGAUGUUACUACCCUCCGGAAGUCAGCUAUCCCCUGGGACUCCGCUGUCUGUCCACCAUCAAUUACAGUUCCUUCAACAGCAACUGCAGCAGCAACAGCAGCAAACACAAGUGGCUGUGGCUCAGGUACAUUUGCUAAAGGACCAGUUGGCUGCCGAGGCAGCUGCCAGGUUGGAGUCUCAGGCCAGAGUCCACCAGCUUCUGCUGCAGAAUAAGGAUCUGUUGCAGCACAUCUCCCUUCUAGUGAAGCAGGUGCAAGAACUGGAGUUCAAACUGUCUGGAAAAAAUGCUAUGGGAUCUCAGGACAGUCUCCUGGAAAUUACUUUCCGUCCCAGUGUUUUGUCGGUGAUUUGUGAUGCAACAACCCCUCAGCCUGAAGAUUUCCCCCCACUGACAGAUCCAGAUUCUUCAUUUCAGCUGGGUAGCCCUCUAGGUAGGACAGACUGCCUAGUGAAGGUGCAGUGUUAUCGCUUUGUGCCUGGCGAGGGGGAGGGAUCAGGGGAACUGCUGGGUAGUCUGGAGCUGUACAGAUUCAGAGAGUCUGGCAUAGCAUCCGAAUACGAGUCCAACACAGAUGAGAGUGAGGAAAGGGAGUCCUGGCAGGACGAUGGUGGAAGGUUGGCCCAUGUGUUACAUAGAGACAUGCUGGGAGACAGUCUGGAUGAUGAGAUUGCUGUGUGA